AUUCUGGAUGUCAAGCUGGUUGGUGAUAAUUUUUUGACGAUGAAGCUUUUUAGUGUCUUAAUUUUUGUGGGUUUUGAAAUCGCAACAAUCUCAUCUGAAUCAUCAGUCACAUCUAACACAACCCCAUCCCUCUCAACAGCCACAUUAGCCAUCACAACAACUCCAAACAUGAUCAGCACAACUCUUGCAACUACAACAAGCCAAACAUCAACCUUCAUCCAACUCACAACAGCAACAGAGACAGUCACAACAACUCCAGCACUCACCUUAGCAGCUCCAACUGAGACAAUAACAUCAACGGUGACUAAAACUGACACUUUAUGGAUAGAACCGACUGUUACUUCCACUUAUACGCAGACUUGGACGACUUAUAAGAUUUCAAUUGCUAUUCUACCAGGAGUUACUGUCGUUUAUACUUAUCCAUUUCCAGCUAGAGAAAGUGCUGGAAAGAUUCAGGAUAUUGAGGAUAGCGUGACUAACUCAAUGGCAUUAAUGAUGACUAGGUUUCCAGAUGUUGAAGAGCUUUUUGGUGGUGUUGAAUAGGACGAGUGUGAGUAGCUGACUCUUGAUGAUUUGUUUAAGAAUACACAA